GUUGCGAGGCAGAAGCAACUGAGCCGACAAUCCGAUGGGCUGACAGAGAGCCGCAGGUGAGUCAAAACGAAGAGCAACACGAGUAGCCUUGGCAGUCAGGCUGGAUGCAACUGACUGAUCUAGGCAAGUUCAAACAUACAAACGCGGGGAGAAUGGAAGGCCAAGAGAGAGAGAGUCAGCUGCUGCUCUGGAGGGGAAAAAGAAAAGAAAAGAGAAAGAUGAGACCUCCUCACAAUCAGCAAGGGAGAGUGGGAUGGAGGGGAAGGAGACCCAAGGACAGAAUAGAAGAGCAAUAAAAAUACGACAGAUCACACCAGAGAGCAAUGACAAGCAAGCACGACAGCCCAACAACCAACAACGAAGCAAUGAA